AUGGCGAACAGCCGCGACUUUACUACUAUGAGCACUUCUACCGGUAGUACUCCUUCUACUAUUAAUAGUGCUUCUGCUUCUGCUUCUGCUUCAGCCACUUGUACUGUUGGUGCUUCGGCUGCUGCGAGCGACGAUGCUCCGCGUAGACCUCUACGGCAUCUCUCUACCAGCACCAUUCACAGUGCCAACAGCUCCAGCACCAGUAAUAGUACUAUCAAUAGUAGUACUAGUACUAGUAAUAAUAAUAGCGUCGGUGUGCCACAGCAGCAACAGCAGCGACAACAAGAGACAAACUCAAAUCAAGGCAACCGAACUCAAGUCAACGUUAACCUUAACCCUAACUCCAUCCAAGGGGUUACUCUGGGAGUUGGGGUUAAUCCAACGAGAGCGAGAACCCAGGCCAACUUGGACAACUUUUGCUUGCCAGGAGCAGUCAAAGAGCCCAAUGCUGCUCUGGCUCUUGCAGGUACAGGUACAGGUGCUGCAGAUGGUCCUCCAGUAAGGCCAGACCCAAGCCCUAGCAUUGCUACCAGAGAUCAACCUGAACCUAUGCCUGCACCUAUACCUGCACCUAUACAUGUAGACAAGCCACCCACCUUGGCCAACCGAAAAGUCACUGCUGGAACUGCUGUCUCAGGGCUAUCUUCACCUCAUACAUGUACUAGUACAAAGCUCCCUCCAGUCAAGGAAUACACCAGAAGACUUGGUGACCCACCCACCAAUCACAAUCACAAUCUCAACCACAUACCAGUACAAACCCCUUACUACCACGCUGCAGCUCCUCUUCCAACUCCCACUGCUAGCACUAGUACUGGUACAGGUACUGGUAGAGCCACACAAUCCGUGGAAGACUCGGGCUGCUCCAUCUACCUAGAAAGCAGUACGGCCGUUUCUGAAAUCACUAGUCCAAGUGCACUCUACAGUCUCAAUAGUCAUCGCAUCAGUACUACUGGUAUUAAUAGUCAGCAAAGUCAAAGUCAAAACAGUAACCUCACCAGCCAUAACAGCCAAACCAACAGCCACAACAAUCUCAAACCUCCACCAUCCACGCCAGAACGACAAACACAGCGAGCCAGAGGUGCCCCGCUCUCCCCUGUCGCACCCAUACAGAUGCCUGCUCAUACCAGCAAAAGUCGAAAACAACCUCCACCGCCUCCUCCGCUACAAACUACAACAACACACCAACCCAUACAGGUACAACAACAACAACAACAGCAGUGGCAACAAAGCUGGCAAGAGGAAAUCGAACUGGUCGCAACCGAGAAUAACCAACAACAACAACUUCGACCACGCGUACAGGCAGCAGAUCCUCCCGUAUACGACCCGUCCGAUGAUGACGGCGUGUUUCGGGAGGAGGACGAGGAGGAGCAUCUUGUCGACGCAAACAACAACAAUGAAUUGAUUCCAACAUCAUCUCAUCACCAAAACAGUAUUCCAAGAGCAUUUAAUGAUCCCCCGCCUACCAGUCCUAACGGAUUUCACCAUACUAGUGCUAGUAUUCAAACACUAGAAAGGAGUCCUUCCAGUCCUGAUCCUCCUGGUGGCACCAUUGACCCACCCGACGCCAAUGGUCUAUCCCAACUCAGUCUCCCCUUCUCCGAACGCAACAGUGACUACGCUACAUACCACAACUCAAACUCAACCAUGAGGAGUGACCGACGUCACAACGACGACACCCAUCAUGACAGUCGAGACUUGUAUGGAACACUAGUCUUUGAAGAUGAAUCAGCUGCAUCCCAGCUCACACUCCCAGUCGUUUUGGCGCAACAACCACUCACUGGGAAACCAUCAGAGCAGCAGCAGCGCUUGUCAGCAGCCUCGGCACAUCAGCCGCAAACUACAAGUCAGGCGCUGCGGCCUCCCGUCCAACAGCACCAGCGACCAGCUUCACACCAUCAUCCUACCACUAAGAGCAAACCGAAGAAGAAGAAAGAGGCUGUUCUCUGGUUCCGAGACCUCGAUACAGGAAAGGUGUCCACUGCACCGCUACAGAAAAAGAAGAAAAAGAAAAAGACGGAACUGCAGCCCUUGGAAGCUGCUGCUGCGGAUGGAAACGGGAGAGUCGCCAGGUACAACCGGAGCUCCCCCAACGGUAGGGGUGAUGACGAUGACAAUGACGACAGCAACAACAAUAACGCUCCUUCACCCACCGAAUCCGCUCCUGCAAAUGACACUGAGAACAACCCUGGCAACGACAACAGCAGUGGGCCGGCAUUGGUGCAACAGAACAGCCGCCAUACUCUGGAAGAAAGACAGGAGCAAGCGGCUAGACAACCACAGGACGACCAAGAGAAGCAAGGAAAGAAACAGUCAGGCGAGAAGAAAUCCAGACGGCGCAGCAGUUCCCCGCCGAAGCAACAUCGUCGAUCUUCUUCACCCUUGUCACCACGAAGAUUAUCAACGUCUUCUUCUUCGUUUUCCAAACACGGCAAGAAGAAGGGAAAGAGGCGCAGCAGCCACAGAGACCACGACCCCCUUGCCCCUCCUCGUGUGAACGGCGAAGCCGAGUUUGACGCUUCAUUUGAAUUGGAAGAUGAGGAGGCAUGUAUGAGGGACUCUCAAGGCCGCAAGUUGGUGACUCGCGAAGAGAAGCGAAAGCAACUGCAAGCCAUUCAGGACCAAAAUGCACGGUACAGAAUGUUUUUGGCUGCGCUGUGUGUUUUCAUGGUGAUUGCGGUCCUGGUGGUCGCCGUUGUGGUUUUCGCCACCAUGCAAAAGUAG